AUGUUCCCCGUCGAUUCACUUGACCCGCAAUUGUUGAAUUACAAGAAAACGAAGGUUGUUCAUUUUCUUCGACAUGCGGAGGGAACACACAAUGUGAACAAGGCGUACAGCAAUCCCAUCAACUUCGAUGCACGUUUAACUGCAAAGGGACAAAUUCAAUGUCAGCAGCUGUCAGCAUCAAUAAAAGACAGCUUUCCUGCCUUGAUGGAAAGCGAGCUAAUAGUGACAUCACCACUAACACGUUGCGUGCAGACAGCGUUGCUUUCGCUAGAACCGAUUUUCAAGUAUCAGCCCACCGUGCCGUUCGUCGCCCAUGAAUCCUUGCGAGAAACUGUCAAUUACUGCUGUGAUAAAAGACGCACCAUCUCGGAAAUCUCUGGCGACUUUCCUACGGUGGACUUUUCUCACAUCAAACAUGAUCACGAUGAGACUUGGGAUACUUACGAGAGCCGAUUAGGCUGUCACGAAACGUAUAAAGUCCAUCGCGAGUCAGCCGAGCUUUACAAGGUCGCCGAAAGAGGUCGAGAAUUCUUUCAAUGGCUUUCCGAACGACCGGAAAAGAAGAUUAUUGUGUGCAGUCACUCUGCCUUC